AUGAAUUCAUCUAGUAAUAUCAGUAUUAAUAGUAUUAGUAAUAAUAAUACUACCACUACUCCUAAUACAACAACUACUACUAAUACUACUACUACAACCACUACUACUACUAACAAUAAUAAUAAUUCAGUUAAUAUUUAUCAUGAACGUCAGUCAAAAAUGUUUUGUGCAUUGCAUGCCUUAAAUAAUGUAUUUCAAGAUAAAAUAUUUUCAAAGAAUUGUUUAGAUAGAAUAGCUGAUAAUUUAAAUACUAAUUCAUUUAUCAAUCCGCACAGAAAUAUCUUUGGCUUAGGUAAUUACGAUGCAAAUGUCUUAGUUAUUGCUUUGCAACAAUGCGGUUAUGACAUUGUCUGGUGUGAUAAGCGUAAAACAAUUGCUGGGCAUAAAUUAAAUUUUGAUAAUAUUUUUGGUUACAUAUUAAAUACAUUUUCUAAUCGACGAAUAUUCAAUUUAACACUACCAUUGGCUGGAAGUCAUUGGAUCGCUUUACGCAAAUUAA